AUGUAUUCUACAGUUUUAUGCAAAGAAUCUGAGGAAUAUCGGGUUUACCUGCCAUUGAGAGCCAGUGAAGCCGCGUCGGCGGGCCUGUGCAUUCCGGCGUUCGUCAUGUUGGUCUAUACGGCCGUGACGCGGAAAGAACGGGUAAUUACGUCGUCAUUGCAUUUUAAUUUCAAGGUAUGCACUUGUUAUUCAGCGUUCUUUGUGUUAAGGCUUGCCGGGGGAAAGAUUAAACCUUCCUUUUCAGUGUUAGCUCUAUGAUUUUGGGUCAACGACAGUUCCAACGGCUUUUAUAGGCUUCGUAGGUACCUCCUUGAGCCGGGAAAAUAGUGAGAGCAAUGCCGCUGGGCCAAUCGCGUCGCUGAAGUGAAAAGCAGUGUGAUUUUGUCGCGAAACAAUUCAUUUUCUCGGCGGCGAUGCGAAAUGCGAAGCGAAAGAGCAGUCAUUAUUUUGCCGACAGCCUGGUACAGUUUUUUUUUGGUUUUCCGCCUGCCCUACGCCUAGUAUCCAUCAAUUUUACGUUUGUCGAACUGUCGUCGACCCGAAGAUUUGGUAUGAUUGCUUACUCCACUCUUUCACUUCUAGCUUCUCCUCUACAACAUCUGGUUUAUCGUCGCAUCCCAACUGCUGUUCGAUAUCGGUUCUUGUUUCUACAUGAUCUGGCGACUGACCUUUUUGUCCGAUUACUGCUCCAAUAUUUUUACCGUUUGGGAAUGCUUUUUGAUUCGGGGUCCGAUUCUAUGGGCGAUUCCAGCCAUGACGUUAGCUCACGCCGCGGCGUUGCUCGAGAGAACGCUAGCCACUAGGUGCUCGGAGGAUUACGAACGAAGGGGAAAGUGCAUGGGGAUGAUGACAAUGAUCGGGCUGGUAUGUGAGCAGAUCUAUGAGCUUUGCCGUUUUAUGUGUUUUUCUAUAGUAUCAGUCUGUCGGGAAAAUGAUGAUCGCAAUGUCGCAUCAAAUAGCGCUUUGCACCCAAGGAAAAUGAAUUGUGCCGCGGCAAAAUCAAAUUGCUUUUCACUUCGCGAUCGGCGCAGCCCAAAUGUGCUCAUUGUUUUCCCGACAAACGAAUACUACGUACCGGAUCUGAUUUAGCGGCAAAAGAGACGUACUGUUUUGCAUCCGGUAGGUAUCAAAAACGCAGCAAAAUCGGCGCACUUCGAAAAGGUACCAUUUUACAUCCGGAAGCAUGAAAAAUGUAGCAGAAUACCUCCUUAUUCAAGUGAAAGACUCCAGCGUCAAAAGCGCACGCUCUGUUUAUGAAGAAAAGGGCUUCAUAAAAAGCUUUUCAAAACAGAUGCUUUAGUUGGAGAGGGAGGGAUUUUCCUGCGUUUUUGAUACUUCCCGGAUGCACAAUUGUGCUAGUCCUUCCGGAAAGUCGCCGGACGGAAAUCGGCGACAUGCACUGUGCGAAAAAACUCAGGGUGCGAGCGACAACCGAAAAAAGCUUAUUGCACUGUGCAAAAGGCAAGAAAUUGCACAGUGCAAAGUGAACUUUCGUUUUCGCGGAGUGCAUGUCGCCGAUUUCCGUCCGGCGACUUUCCGGACGGACUAGUACGUUUUUUGCCACUACCCAGGUCCGCCAUUGCAGCCCGUCCACAAAGUCGCUGAUGUGAUGUUUGCGAUAUGCACUCUGCGAAAACAAAAACUUACUUUGCGCUGUGCAAAUUGUUGCUUAUUGCACCGUGCAAUUGGCUUUUUUUGGCUGUCGCCCACACCCCGACUUCCCUGAACAGUGCAAAAGCAAAGACUCACUCUAGUUCACUCUAGUGACAUUGCGGACGGUCUAGUAACUACUUUUAUCUUCAGUGGGUUGUGGGCGCAGUCAUCGACUACAAUAUCUUUGCUGUGGACAAUAUGUUCGGCAAGUUGGCGUACUGCAACGCGACCGUUCCCGAGAACCAAGGACGCGUCAGGAAAAUGCUGACUUGCCUACUUCCACUCGAGCUUCUCAUCACAGCCGGCGACAUUGGCCUGUGGUGGAUAAAUCGCCGCGACCAAAAACAAACGUAAGCCCUGCUUGUGUCAACAUAUCGUGAUUUAGGAGCUGCUUCAGAAUAUAUACGGACUAUUCGUUGUCAAAGUCGUUUCAAAAGUCUGAAAAUUACUUGACGAGUCGACUGGUUCUGCCGAUUUCACUGAUUCACUCUGCUUUUUAUUUGGUUUACUUGACGCUGAGCUCUUCUUUUCGGUCGGCGUAUGGCUACGACAGCGAUCCGAAGGCUUUUAUGGUCGGAAUCAUGUUGGUGAACGGGGUAAGAAGGUACCUGUGGUCUUAUAUACGUAAAACGGAAGAUGAGCUUUAUAUUCUAUAGGGCAAUAUGGGACAAUAUCUCAAUCCCUCACAUCUCAGUCAUGCUCUGAUGUUCCCACUGAACUGGAAGAUCAAACGUAGAUAUAAGGCGCGUGCGUUCUACAUCUCUUCGGACUUCCUCGCAGAAAACCCGCAUUUCUUGUCUGUGGGCCCGCUAGACAAGAAAUGCGCAAUUCUUGGCUGAGCAGAGAAAAAAAGAAAAAAAUCUUCACGGGGAGAGAGCAGAAAAUUGCGCAAUAUUGCGCAAUGUUACGCAAUUUUAGACAAGAAUUGCGCGUUUCUUGUCUAGCGGGACCACAGACAAGAAAUGCGGGUUUUCUGCGAGGAAGUCCGAAGAGAAGUACAGGGUGUUUCAAGAAAUUCCCCGGAAAGCAAUCGUCGAUUUCUCGGCGCUCAGCCACGAUAUCCAAAAAAUUUUUUUUGCAGUAGAAAGAAGGUUAUGGGCGGUUUUUUGCCUAAAAAAAUUUUUUUCUACGCCAACGCGGAAUGCAGUGUAUUCGGCGAAGACUUUUGAUCGCUUUUUUGGUCAUCACACACAUCUUAAACGCUUUACUGUGACACUGCAGCAUCCGGAAAGUCUUCAGAUUUUUUGCACAAUGGAUCAGGAGGCAGGGUAUAACGCUAUGCGAUCCCAUUUAGCGACUGCACAGUGCAGUGCAGUCGCUGCAAUAUCGAUAAAGUGGGAGCACACCGCGCGGAUGUUUGAAGCAGCAGGACAAAGAGAAAUUUAAACAAAUUUUUUUUUGUUGUUUUCUGGUGCCCCAAGUGGUUCCGUGAUGGCUAGACAUCUGCCAAGGCUUGACCACAAAAUUUUGGAGGGUAUACGAUACCCGCAGAAAAUAGUUGCCAGACAAUAAAAAUUGCGUUGGGCCAUUUCUGAUCCGUAUCUGAGUUAAGAUAUGGCUAGCGGCUGCCAUACCUUUGCCGAACGCUUGAUAAGCACAAAAAUCAGUAAAUUAUCCGCAUUUCAGCCAUCAGAAACCACAAAAAAUCGUUUAAGAUGUGUGUGAUGACCAAAAAAGCGAUCAAAAGUCUUCGCCGAAUACACUGCAUUCCGCGUCGGCGUAGAAAAAAAAUCUUUUUAGGCAAAAAACCGCCCAUAACCUUCUUUCAACUGCAUAAAAAAUUUUUUGGAUAUCGUGGCUGAGCGCCGAGAAAUUGACGAUUGCUUUCCGGGGAAUUUCUUGAAACACCCUGUAGAACGCACGCGCCUUAUAUGUAGGUAUUGAGAAUCGGCACAGGUUUAGUUUUUUGUAGAAUAGGGUUUAUUGAGACCGCAAACAAAGAAAAGGAAAAUGAGACAAUGUUCUAAGAAUUGGUGACGAGACGUUGCUUUUAUAUGAGUUGGUUUAUGCUAAUUUCUGUGGGAAUUGUGGAGACGUUCGACGCUCCACAACACCCACAAUCUUUUUGAAUCGCUUCUAAUUCACUGUCAGCUGAAGCUAUUUUCAGGUUCUCACAAUCGGCAUAACAACAUGCAUCAUCACGUAUCUUUGGUGCAUCCGCAAAAUGGAAAACGAUCGUCGACUACGUGAACUCGAACACGGAUCGAAAAAGAACACCGAAAUCUACUUCAAGAUGCUAAAUUCUCAAAUAAAAUAA